AUGUUGGAAUCUGGGAGGAGUUUUAUUCGGAGUGGCUCACUGCUUGGGGGCUUUCCCUUUGAGUUGUCCGUGGUGUUGAUGUUGGUAUGUGAGAAGAACAAAGGGAUUGUUAUGGGGAAGAAGAUGGUUGUUGGAAGAGGUGGCUGUGCAGUAUCAAGGUUAUGCAGAGUAGCAAGGGUUGCAGAGAAUAAUGGAGAUAAUGGGAGCUGGGGGAGUUCCACAGGAAGAGGAAAGAGGAGAGCUCUGUCAACAGAGAGCAAGUCAUCAGAUCCCAAUAUCCCCAUAUGUUCACAAACUUACAACCAUAAGAAGAAAAACUACAUCUGGGUGAUAGGAAUUUUGUUGGCAAUUGUUAUUGUUGGAGUUAUCUUAUUUCUAAACCGUCGGUUUAGUAAAGAAAAAGCUUCCUUUUUCCCAUAUGACGUCAAAAUUUACCAUCGUUUAAGUUUUGAUCAACAUGAGAUCAUUGAGGCCAUGGUUGAUAAGAACACAGUCGGGUAUGGAGGAUCUGGGACACUGUACAAAAUUAAGUUGAGGAACAGGGAAGUUGUAGCUGUAAAGAAGCUCCGGAGUGGGAAAGCUAAAGAUUCUGUUUCUGAUGAUGAAUUGUUCCUAGACAAGGGACUGAAAACUGAGGUUGAGACUCUAGGAAGUAUAAGGCACAAGAACAUUGUGAAAUUGUAUUGCUACUUCUCCAGUUUGGAUUGCAGCUUGUUAUAUGAGUACAUGCCAAAUGGAAACCUUUGGGAUGCACUUCACAGAAGAAAGAUCCUUUUGGAUUGGCCCACUCGUCAUCAGAUUGCCUUGGGGAUUGCACAGGGUUUGGCUUAUCUUCACCAUGAUCUCUUGCCACCAAUUAUUCACACAGACAUCAAGUCGACCAACAUCCUACUGGAUGUCGAAUAUCAGCCAAAAGUUGCGGACUUUGGCAUAGCCAAAGUUUUUACAAGCAAGAAAUAUGCGUAUUCUUCUAAGGCAACAACCAAGUGUGAUGUCUACAACUUUGGUGUCAUACUCAUGGAAUUAAUAACCGGGAAGAAGCCUGUGGAGGCGGAGUUUGGAGAGAACAAGAAUAUCAUAUAUGGGGUUUCAACCAAAGUGAAGACGAAAGAAGGAGCUAAGGAGGCCUUAGACAAGCAAGCGUCAAGGUUGUUCAAGGAUGAGAUGAUCAAGGUACUCAGGAUUGCCAUCCAUUGCACAUGUGGCACCACAGCCCUUCGCCCAACCAUGAGUGAAGUUGUUCAGUUGUUGAUUGAGGCAGAUCCCUGCAAAUUUGAUUUGUGA